AUGGCCGGCUUCCAAAGAAUAGUCGCUCACAAGAACCCGCACAUUCGAAAAGUUGCUGUUUUGCAAUGUAAGCCCAACAAGGAAGAUGCGCUGAAUUUAAUAAAAGAAAUUGCAAAUAAAGUGUCCUACUUAAUGAAGGAAAAUAACUUCAAAGUGGUCAGCUUGGUGGAAUUUUAUCCACGCGAUCAAAGACUCUUGGGGAUGAACGUCAAUCACGGAUUUAAGAUAAUGCUACGGUUAAGAUGCCCCAAGGACGAGUUCCAAUUUUUACCCAUGGAGUCCAUAAUGGGCACCAUGUUGCACGAACUAACUCACAACGUAUUUGGCCCACACGACAAGAAGUUCUACGACAAGCUAGACGAUUUGAUCGGAAGGCAAUGGGUUAUUGAACAGAGAGGCUUGUACGACACAUUUUUGGGGAAUGGUCAACGUCUCGGUGGAAGAACAAACUCAUGUUCAAAUAGGUACCCUAUGACAGGAAUAAGUACGAACACUGGGAUAGUGAGAAGAAGGGGCAAAGGUGUGAAAUUGGGGAGUCUGCAUCCAGAGGGAGUAUCAUCUAAAGAUAGAGGUAAAUCCCCGAGAGAGUUAGCGGCCUUGGCAGCUGAAAGAAGGUAUAGAGACGAUCGCUGGUGUGGGGAGAUGAAAAAUAACAAAGAUCAAAUAAUAAGUGAUAACAACAACGACUUGUUGGAAGUCGUGAUACUUGAUGAUGAUGAGGAGGAGGAAAUGUCCCAGAGAGACACUUCUAUCGAAGUUAUCGAUCUUACGUAA